UGUCCGCGUUGUAAAAAUUUUUUUAUUUUAACCAAUUUUGCUUGUUUUGGAAAUUUUCUUUUUUACAAUGGGAGACCAUGAUGGUUACUACAAUUAUUUUGAAAAACUUCAAAGUUCAAAGCAAAGAGGGCGGGAAGAAGACAAUAUUGUUUAUGAACAACUUUUGUAUGGGGAAAUUGUGAUAAGAGAAAAUGGACAAAUUUGUGUGCAAGUACAAGGAGAUGUGAAGGAUUUGAGUUUUUCUGAAUCCGAUUCUAUCAGACUUAUUGAAAAGAACGGUCAACAAACCCUUUUAAUUGAAAAGAGGACAGAACAUGACUAUUGUAAACAACGUUUUGCUGAAAGGGAAGGGAGGAAAGCAACGAAAGAUCAGCCACAACAACAUCAACUCUCUGCUAUUCAAAAUCCAGAUGGUCAUGAAGAAGUAGUAGUGAAUGAUGAGGAGGAGGUUGUUGGUUCAGAUGGUUUUGAUUUUACUGAAUGUGGAGAGGAAAUAGAGUCGAAUUUCACUAGGCUAUAUGCGGGUAUGCGCCAAUGGCGUAACCGUUUGGUCGUAGUCAGUACAACCCCAACAACAGAAAGUAUCAAUUUAACCUCUACUAAUCGUAAACAACUCAAAAGAGUUUUUGGUUCAAACAAAUGUCAAGAGUGUGAUCAAACAUUUACUAACAUGGCCCGUCUGGAAAGGCAUUUAGCUGUUCAUCAAUGUUUUGGCGCUUAUGUAUGCCCUCUAUGUGGAAAAACGUUUAAAUACGAAUAUAAUCUAUUUUAUCAUUGGAGAAGAACUUGUAGAGAUUUGAAUGAAAUGAUGACUGUUGAAGAAAGAAAGGCUAUCGAGAUUAACGCUCUUCGUCAUUUAAUUGAAGAUAUUUCCACAAAACACCCUCAUAACCCUUUGAAUUAUUCCAAACAACAACAAUCAACCAGUAAUAACGUGGAAAUGGAUCAACAAAAUUAUGUGGUUGUUCAAGAUGGGCAUGAUUAUAAUACUCUAAAUUUACAAUCCUUUGCUUCUAAUUUGCCUCAAACACAAUUUUCUGGAGAGAAUUUGGAAGAAGUUUAUAGAUCAUUCUCCUCCCUUCAACGUUUACAAAAACACUUGAUAGGUUCGCACUAUUCUUCAGGCAGGCAUCCAUGUCUAUUCUGUGGAAACCGUUUCAAAUACGAAUAUAAUUUAUUUUUUCAUUAUCGAAAUGUUUGUCCUUAUUCUUUGGAUUUGUUAAAAGAAGAAACUAGGAGACGGUUGGAUGCCUCAAACCUCAAAAAAUUAAUUCGACAAAUUGCUACAGAUAAAGACUUUUAUUUAAAAUCUCCACCUUCUAGUAAACUUCAAAAUGAAGAGAGUGAUAGACCAUGUAGUUCAACUUCGUUGUUAACCCCGUUGAUUGAAAAUCCUGCGGAAAAUGGGGAUUCUGCAAUGAGACGGCAAAUGAUGAAAAAUAUAAUUCGCAAAUAUGUGCCUAAAAGUCGGCAAAAAUUGAAUUCAAUAAAAAAUGCUAAUAAAAAUGGUGGAGAAAUAGAUGAGACAAAUAAUUCACAGAAAAUUGGAUUACCUCGUGUGCUUCUUCAACCUACAUAUCGACCAGAUUUGCCAGAUGGAAUUCAUUGCCCGAUAUGUUCUGUCGUCUUUUACGGCCUGAAAAUACUUGUUCGUCAUUUAAAAGCAGCACAUCCAAAAGAAUCUUCAGUUUGGGAAAAAACAAUAAGAGGACUUGAUAAUGCUUCAAAUAAAAAUUCCAAAUUAAUUUCUAAAGCAAAAAUUAAUCCAAAACGUUUUUUGGCGUCUAAAAAGAGUGGGAGGGAGGAAAGAAGUGUUAGAGGAGAACAUUACAAUUUUAACGAGGAUACCCCUCCUUUACUUGAAAUCGAGCAAUAA